AUGCGCAACUUAAUCAGUGUCGUGGAGCUAUUUCCCUUCGAGACGCCUCCUGGCGAUGGUCCAGUACCCCUGGUCGCUACCUCUGUGGUCUGGUCCGAAAACUCCACAAUCUAUAUCGCGAAGGAGCCGUCCCUCAGGAUGAAUCAAAUCACCCCCCAGGUUCUCGAUACCCUCGUUGGAAGUGUCAUACCAAAGGAACAUAUAUACCCGCCUUGGAUCGAUGGCGUAACAGCAGCCCCGGACCCCAUCCCUCCCGAGAUAUAUGUCAAGACUUGCCAGAGACUUCACGACUAUGAUGAGACCCAAUCCAUUGCCGACGGUGUCGCAGACGAGAUCAAGAUCAUGGAGGUCAUCUCUAAGAAACCUCACCCCAAUGUCUGCCACUAUCAUGGCUGCGUUAGGGAAGGGGAUCUCAUUCGGGGCAUCGGAAUCAGAAAGUAUAAAUGCACGUUGUGGGAAGCUAUUUCGAGGAAAAAUGAUGUUGAGAUCCCUCCUUUCGACCACGAUUCUGUCCUUCAGGGCAUACAAGCUGGAUUGGACCACAUUCACUCCUUUGGUCUUGUUCAUAACGACAUAAAUCCAAGCAACAUUAUGCUCGACGAAGCCGGCAAGGCAGUUAUAAUUGAUUUCGACUCUUGUCGAGCCCUCGACACACCAGCAGGCGGGGGUACCCCCGGAUGGACGAAUUUCGCCACAGUUUCGCAGAUCGAAAAUGACAGGUAUGGCUUGGACCUGAUUUCCAAGUUUAUGCGAGGAGAAUAUGACGGCAGAGACUACUAG